AUGAGUAAAAAUAAGAAAUUAUUCAUUGAAAAUGAUAACAUUGAUAUCAUUUGUUUCAGUUUAGUUUGUAAGAGAUGGUACAAUCAUAGAGAUAAAUAUUUAAUAUUCAACACUGAUCGUAUCAACCUAUUUGCACUUAAAAACACUAAUAUCUAUCAAAAUAAUGAGCAUUUCAAAUUACCAUCAUAUCAUAAAAUCUUUUUGAAAUCAAUUCAAUCAAAGAUGAAUUGUAAACUGGUUUUAAGUAAAUCAUUAUACCAAUAUCAGAAAUACGAUUAUCAUUAUGGUAAACUAACUGUUUUAAUGUAUAAUUAUGAAGAUGAUUCUAGAAAACUCAAAAGUAUUCCCAGCAAUGUUUCAACAAUCUAUAAUUAUACAGAGAAUAUUCAGGAGAAUAUCUAUAGAUUAUUAUCAGAAUCACAAUCAGUAACAAAGUUUGGUGGUUGCGGCACAUUGAAAUAUGGAUUACCAAAGUCAAUCAAAUCAAUUAGAUUCAAAUAUGAUUUCGAUGAACCACUUGUUAAAGGAUUACUUCCCAAUUCAUUAGAGGUGCUAAAAUUCAAUGCUCCAAUCGAACAAGAGAUUCCACCAGGUGUACUUCCAGACGGAUUGGUCAAACUUACUCUAACCAACUAUGAAUUUGUAAUUCAGCCAGGUGUACUUCCAAAUGGUUUCUAUCAAUAUGAAGUUCGACCAGGUGUACUUCCAAGUGGUUUGUUGGAAUUAAUUCUUGGAUAUAAGCAUGAAAUUCAAGCAGGUGUACUUCCAUAUGGUUUACAGAAAUUUACUCUGGAUGGCUAUCAAUAUGAAAUUCAACCAGGUGUAUUACCAUCAUCUCUUAAACAUUUUUCUCUGUGCGAUACUCCACUCAAUAAUGAUUUACAAUAUACAAUCGAUUCUACAACUUUGGAAGAUAGUGUAUUAAUGAAAUCAUGUUUACCAAUUUCAUGGUUACAAGCAAUAUCAUCUCUUUCCAAUCUUCAAUCACUUGAUAUAUAUGUUUCCAAAUACAAUAGACAAGAUAUCACAGUAUUCAACGCCAAUUACCUCCCACGAACUUUAGAGUCUCUUGAUCUUAGACUUCAAAGUAAAGAUAGCGUAUUGAAAGGAACAAUGCCAACAUCAUUGAGAAUCUUCCACCUAGAUAAUUGUCAAUUUAAGGUCGAUGAAAUAUUCCCAGAAACUAAGCAAUAUUACUUUGAAGUAUUUGAUUUUGGAAAUGACAUUAUUCUUCCAAUCCCAUCAAACAUAAAGAUCGAUACAUUGUUUAUAUCUGGUGAACCAAGAGAAUCAACGAUAUCUUUGCCAUCCGGAAUUAGAUCAAUCAGCCUAUUUAUGGAAGUAUCUGGUUCAAAUGAGAAUAUAUUUGAUUUUGGUAAUACCGAUCAAACAUGUUCACUAAAAGAACUGCGUCUUCCAACAUUCAAAGAUGGAGCUCCUAAAGUUAAACUACCAAACACCAUUGAAUAUAUGGAUAUUGGAAAAAAUUUUCUUGAUGAUUUACAUUUGAUACCACCAACACUCAAUACUCUUGUCUUUAGAAACCUAUCUAAAAUCAAUAACACCAUUCCAGAAACUAUCAAAUCAAUCACCAAUAUCAUUCAUAGAUUUGAAUCAUAUCAAACACAAACAAUUAGAAAGUUGGACGAUAAUUAUUAUUUAAUGUAUUCUGAAAAUGAUAUAUCACCCAAAGGAAACUUAAUCGCUAAAAUAUUUCAUCAAUCUAAAUUUGAACAAAUUUUAAGAGGAAAUGAAUAA